AUGCUUUCUAUCAGACUUCUGAACGUCUCGCACAUACAUCGGCUAUCACUACGCACAACGGGAAGUCUCAAAGGAGUGCAUCAAUCGUGCCGAACCCCUUUCCAGUCUAACACAGUGGAGCAAAGCAUACUUGAACGGGCCAUUUUACGAGCCAAUCUAGCUUGUCUCUGAACAAGGUGAUCAACAACUGGAUGAUCGCCAGUUGCAACCUAUCCGAAUUGCAGUACAUCUAUACACAGCUCGGGAGCUCAUAUCAAACAGCUGCUUGAUUCAAGUCUUCGAUAAUGGGAGACCAAACACCCACGCAGCUCAUCAUGGGAUCCUCUUCAAGACCUACCUCUCCUCGACCUCUUUCCGCAAACUCCCACAGUAGUUCAGGUGACGAGAAGGAAAAGAAGGGUCUUAUGCUUCCCCCUCCCGUACCCGUCAAGACCAAUAAAGGACAGGAAGAUAAACCAGUACCGCCACGGAUGACCCGCCUUCCUUCUCUUAAACAAUUAUCUGAACACCUUCACUACACACCACCAACUCCUCCGUCUCAGCAACCUAAUCUGCAUGAGCAGUCGCCAGGUUCCUCAAGUUCCAAUCCCCUUCGCAUCUCCACAAACCCAGUUCCUCUCCAAAGCUCAUCUGCCGCUUCCCACACGUCAAUUGUCAUGACACCCACUUCAACAGGGAGAUUGAAGUUACCCGCAAGCGCUAUGAUGAGAUCACUUUCUGCUGGAUCCAGUGGUUCCGCCACGGGCGGCUUGGCGCCUGUCACCAGUUCGCCUGCAAUUGCACCUAACCUUGGAUCUGUCCAGGGCCAGGGUCACUCUCCUACUUCUGCCCAUUCUCCAACACCUGCUCAACAGUUGGCUAAAUUUGUUCCAGGUGGUUUGGGCGACUUCCGUCCAGAGUCUGGUCCGGAAGCUAGCACCAGUAUGUCGCGUUCGGCCAGUCACGAGGUGCAUGCAGAGCACCAUCGAGAGAUCCCAUCUCUGGAUGAGAUUAAGAAAAAGGUUAAUGUCAGUAAGGGAGAGGAUCAGCACAGGUUGGAUUUGCCCAACGAGAGAGUAACGGAGAAAGAGAAGAGCAAAACUUCUGUUGAGAGCACUGGUGAGAGAAUAUCUAUUAGCUCAGCCAAAGGUGGGAAGAAGGAGCAUCCCUUACAGCACUCUUGGACAUUAUACUACGAUUCCAAAACAUACAAGCCUGAUCCGUCCUUGAUUGCUUCCAAACAAGGGGAUAAGAUUCUUGCCGAUUACGAGAUGACACUCUUGACUAUCGGCAAAUUUGACACUGUUGAAGGCUUUGCACGGCAUUUUAACAAUGUCCGUCUCCCAAGUCAACUCACCCCGUCAUCCAACUACCAUCUCUUCAAGAGCGGUAUCCGGCCCAUGUGGGAAGAUCCAGCCAACGCCAACGGUGGUAAAUGGGUUAUUCUUUUCCGUUCAUCACCUGGAACCCUCGAUAUUGCCUGGGCAAACUUGACGAUGGCGCUCGUUGGUGAGAUCCUUGAUCCGGAAAAUCAAGUGUGUGGAAUCGUGGGCAGUACGCGACCUAAGGUCGAUAGGCUCCAAGUAUGGACAAGGGGUAAAGAUGAUGUGGAGGGUCUAAAUCAGUUAGGGAAGAGGAUCGUGGAGGUUAUGGCUUUAGAGGGGAGAGAUGCCGAUAGCAUGUCUAUGGAGUACCAAUACAACACAAAUGACUCCCGGCCGCCACCCAACAAGUUUAUCCACAUCUCUUAUGCCAACCGUGCACCAUCUACGCCUUCACGAUCCAUGUCAUCCGCCUUCCAAGGUCCACCAGGAUCACUUGGCGGCAUGGGUCAGGCCCGGACACACUCAUCGUCAGGCGUCAAUCUAACUCACCCAUUACCACUCCCACCGCACUCACCUGCUGUUAUCAAGGGCGAUCAUGGGUCCGGAAAUAAUGCAACAGGGAUGAAGAGGGGAUUGAGUCAUGGGAACCCUCUCACGGGACCGUUAGAUUUGGUAAGACAGGAGAAUUAUGGUUCGCAGGAAGGUGUGACCGGCGUGUAGGCUGUCCAGGGAUCGAACGGUGUCACUGUUUUAGCAAUCUUCAUCUGUCAAUUGUCAUCUUGCAUUCUUGCGUUGCUGGUGUUUUGCGAUAUAUCUCAUGCUUUCUAUCAUGCAUUUGCUUCAUUAUCG